GCUCGCUGUUGUCCACGUCCGCGCGCCCUUGCCAUGGGCAUCCUGUCCUGGCUCGGCUUCAGCAAGGGUUGUGACAGCAAUGAUGAAGUCGAACGACAGCUGCAGUUGUUGGACGAAAAAGUACAGCAGAACGAAGAGAAGCUAGCCCAGAUCAGGUCACGAGAACGACGGGCGCUUGUCUUCUUUACGCUCUAUUCGGCCGUCAUCUGGCUUGCCUACUUUGCGCUGUGGUACUACAACGCCGUCAGAUUGAUCGCGCCUGGCGACUGGGGCAAACACUUGCUCGGUCUACAGUCUGAGCAGCAGAAGCUGCUCGGCGUCAGGGCAGAUACAUGGGAGAGAAUCAUCAGGACAUUGCCUGUGCUCGUCGGGCCAUUUGUAAUCACUUUCCAGCGACGCUUCUUCAGGUGGUGGUAUACACGCAAAGGCAAUGCCGAGAUCAGAAUACUGGAGCAAUUGCGCGCAAGGCAACAAGAGCAAGUUGACAAGCUCAAGAAACGAUUGCGCUACGAGGAGACACGAGCACUCAUUGACAAGUACGACAGUAAGAACAGGCCAGCGAUUGGCAACAAAGGGCUGAAGAAGUCCGCUUCGACGACGAGUCUGCGAUCGCACUCGGGUACACCCCAAGGCUCACCGACACUACAAGCCGACACGAGCAAGCGAGCACCCGUGUUUCCUCCCCCUCCGCCGUUCGCGAAUACGGCCUUCAAAGGUUCGCCGGCUGUAUCGAUUAACGGAAGAGACACGUCGACGGUGUCUCCUCUGAGCACGCCCGUUCGGGGUUCUGCCAUACCCGGGGCACUGUCGCGAGAAUUUGCUGGGGCUUACCCCCCAACGCCGACACGAGGCUGGGUUGACAAAAUUGCAGAUGCGCUGCUGGGCGAGAACGAGCAGCUACCGACGUCAAAGUAUGCGCUGAUCUGCCAGAAAUGCUUCUCGCACAACGGACUCGCACUCAAGGAGGAGCUCGAUGAGAUUCAGUAUACCUGUCCUCGAUGCGGGCAUUUCAACAGCCGCCGAAAGAGCACGAAAGACAGCACGACUGUACGACCGAGAGGCUCGAACGCGCUACCGACGAGCAGCCUCGCUCGACCGCCUAUCAACGCAUCUGACGAGGAUGAAGCCAGCUCGCCGACGACGCAGACACAAGCAGAGAAGAGCAAGAGCAAGAAGAGCAAGCAACCCGAUGUCGAUGAUUCGCCCGACUCUUCCUUCUCGUUUGACUCGAGUGACAAGCCUUUGACAAGGUCGAGCUCUAGGCUGAGGGCGCAAUAGCUAUCGAGGUUGUACCGUGUUGCAUUUGCGUGCGUGGCAAAAAUGGCCGCGAUCGCCCGAACAUUCGACGUUAAUUAGAUCAGCGUCGACGUCGAGGACAUUCGUAUAGACGACAGAUGGAGUCUGUCGAGGAGAUGGCCGGCGUGACCGAGCUCCCCAGCUCGGCCGCAGGCUUGCCGUCUGAUAGUCUGCAGCCCAAGCUGAGCGAUGACGCCAAGAAAGUCAUUGCAGCCUGUGUCGGCGCGAUGACGACAAGUCUCAUC